AUCUGCUUCUGAUCAAUUGAAAGCUUCACAAUUGUGCUACAUUCUACGUCUUAUGAUAUACUUCACCUCUUCAAUCUUGUGAUGAUUUGAUUUACGUUGACAAUUGCUCUUUAUCUGUGCUAUCUCCUUCUGUAUCUCUAGCAUCGUGAGAAUUGUUCUGAAGUCUUCCCCGCGUCACUUAUCUGAAUUAUCUACCCAUUUCCAAUCUCAAAUUAACUUCGAAAUCUGUUGAUUUUGGUUCUGCACUUAUAUAUAAAUAUUCGAUUUCUUCUGUCAUUGGUUUUGCUUGCAGUUUGGAAGGCAGUCUAUCAGUUUACGGCACCAGCGACAUGACGACGACAUUGCAUUCCAUAGCUACUGCGCCGACGGCAGGAGUGAUCAAACUCACCAAUUGCUUUCUGAUCAAAGGCGACGAAUUAGCGGCCGAGGAUCUCUGGAUCAGUUCCCGUACCGGCAAGAUUCUCGACGGUCAAGACACCUUUUAUGGCGGCCAGACGUUGCCGGACGCCACUGUUGACCUGGGCGGGCGGAUCGUCUCUCCCGGGUUCAUUGACGUGCAGCUUAACGGCGCAUUUGGCUUUGACUUUUCCGUCGUGCCAGAGGACUUGGAGCAUUAUUCCCAGGGCGUUCGACGCGUGGGGCAAGGUCUCAUCAAGACGGGGGUGACAUCGUAUCUACCAACGCUAACGAGCCAGCGCAGCGAGGUGUAUCAUAAGACCCUUCGAUAUCUCGGCCCAUCAGGCGGAGCACGCCGUGCAGAAGACGGGUCCGAAUCACUCGGCGCCCACUGCGAAGGUCCGUUUAUCAGUCCCGGCAAACAUGGCAUCCACAGUCGGGACGUGCUACUCUCCGCGCCACGCGGGUUUCCCGAUCUCGUGGAAUGCUACGGCAAGAGCAACCUGGGCGAUGCUGCUCCAAUCCGUGACAACGACGACGACCCUUUUGCCGCGCCCCUGCCGAUCAAGAUGAUCACUGCUGCUCCCGAAGUUGGUCGCAUCGCAGCCGCCAUUCCCGAAAUCACCUCGCGCAACAUCAUCUACUCGAUUGGCCAUUCCGAAGCAACGUUUGAAGAGGCCACUGCCGCUGUCGAGGCCGGCGCGACCAUGAUCACGCAUCUCUUCAAUGCCAUGCGACCGUUGCAUCAUCGCAACCCAGGCAUUUUUGGCGUCCUCGGUCGCAAGCCCGAGCCAGCAAGCACGAAUACCACGAGACCCCCCUAUUUCGGCAUCAUUGCAGACGGCCAGCACUUGCAUCCCACGACGGUCAAGAUUGCGUAUAAUGCGCACCCAGAUGGUUUUAUCCUCGUUACGGAUGCGACGCCGCUGGUUGGUCUGCCGGAUGGGUUGUACGAUGCUACGAAUGGCAUGCGCAUUUUGAAACGCGGUAUCGCAGUGACGUCGGAGGACUCGAAGACCAUUGCGGGGAGCUCCAUAACCCUAAUCGAAUGCGCCACCAAUUUCCUCAACUGGACUGGCUCUUCGCUCCCACAGACCAUCAAAACAAUCACGUUGACACCCGCAAAGAUGCUCGGACUCGGCAACGUCAAAGGCACGCUCGAGAGCGGCGCCGACGCGGACCUUGUUGUCCUCCGAGUCGUCGACGCCGCCGAUGGCGCAGUGGCAUCGACUGGUAUCGGCGAGCCUGAUACCUCUUCGUCCCAGGACCUUGGCGACAAGGCUCCUGAUACAGCAGGCAACGGUCUAGGUGUCCCAGAAAGUCAACGCCAAGGGCGACGAAAGAGCGAAAGCGCAAUCCCCGGUCUCGGACCCACAGAAGAACACCGAUAUACAGGUCGGAAAAUUGUGCUUGAUCAGGUAUGGAAGUUUGGGAGAAAGGUAUUUGAUCGGGCGGAUUGUAAAGAGUAA